AUGGCGCCGCGCUCGGGACCCGCGCGCAGGGCUGAGGAGGCGGCCGCGACUCGGCGAGAGAGCGAGCUAGCGAGCCGGCGCGCGAGAGAAACGGGCGACGCGGGCCGAUCGUCCGCUACCCGCGGCCGACUGAGAGAGAGCGGGAGCCGGCUCCGCCCUAAAGGCCACCGCCCGCCGUCCCCGCCCCGCCCGCCGCGGCCACGCCUCGCGCGCCGCCUACGUCACGACGUCGCGCGCCCGCCCGCCGCGGCCACUGGCGCCUCGCGCGGCACCUACGUCAUGGCGUCGCGCACGCGCGCAGGCGACCCCGGCGGCGCCACUGCGCGGCCUUCUGGGACUCGUAGUUCCAGCGCUGGGCGGAGCCCCCGGCGUCCCCUCACCUCAAGGCCUGAAGGAAGCCCUGAGGACCAAGAGAGAGACCUACAUGAGAGCAUCCGCGUAGAACGGUGAUGCUCCCCUAGCAUCCCAAGCUGGUACUGUCCUUCCGAGGGUCUUAGCCUCCGGAGCCAUACAAGGUGCCAAGUCCCAGGAGCUGCUGGAACAUGAAGACUAUCAGAUGAUUCUUUAAGCAGCUCAUGGAAGAGGGGCUAGAUUAAUAGCCCAUUCUCCUCCUGACCACCAUCAGUCCAUUAUUUUUUGUGUGUGGAAUUUUUUUAAUUGAAGUAUAGUUGAUUUACAAUGUUGGGUUAUUAAUAGCUUCAAGUGUAUAGCAAGGUAUAUAUACACACAUAUGUAUGUGUGUG